AUGUCUCCUCUGUUGUUUUCAUGUGCAAUCAUAACCCUCCUUUUGUUCUUCGCUUCGGUAGUUUCAUCUCUUGAAUUCGUUUACUACACGAACUUCCACUCUACAAAUCUCUUCACAUUCGGCGAUGCCACCAUUGAUUCUUCUUCUUCUUCUUCUUCUUCAAUUCUCUCCCUCACAAACGCAACUUUCUUCAUGGGUCGUUCCUUGAACUCUUUGAAGAUCCCUGUAAUGUCAGCUAAUUCAUCAAAGGUGCUUCCUUUCUGCACGUCUUUCAUCUUCUCCAUCGUCCCUCUCAAAGGGUUUCUCCCAGGUCACGGAUUCGCCUUUGCUUUCUUGCCGUCCGAUGGUAUAUCCGGUGACAGCUCAGCUCAGAAUCUUGGUCUUUUUAACUUCACCAACAAUUGUGAUCCCAAUAGCAGCAUCUUUGGUGUUGAGUUCGAUGUGUUUGCGAACCAGGAAUUCGAUGAUAUCAACGACAAUCAUGUGGGUGUUGAUGUGAACUCCCUGAAAUCCGUUGCUUCAAGUCCUGCUGGGUUUUGGGGAGGGCGUAAAGAUGAAAACUUUAAGGGGUUGAAGCUUAAUAAUGGUGUGAAUUAUCAAGUUUGGAUUGAUUAUCAAGAUUCUAUUGUAAAUGUUUCCUUGGCUAAAGUUGGGGAGAUAAGGCCUAGGAGGCCAUUGAUUAGUACGUUUGUGAACCUUUCUGGUGUUUUCCUUAAUGAAAUGCAUGUGGGAUUUGCUGGAUCAACAGGGCAACUGUUGGAGAGUCAUAGGAUUCUGGCUUGGAGCUUUAGUAAUUCCAAUUUUUCAAUUGUGAUGCUUUGA